AGCUCGGGCCGCGCCCGCCGCCCGCCGCCCGCCCGCCAUCCGCCGCGCUCACUCUGCGCGUCGACCCCCGCGGCACCCGGCGAUGCCGCCAUGAAGCGCGGCGCCGCGGCGAGGAAACCGCCAGCGGUCGCCGGCGCGCCGGCCAACGCAGCGGCACUGCAGGCGCGGCGCGCCCGCCAGGGCAGCGGCUCGGGCUCUUCGGCCGCGAGGGCCCUUGCGCUGGCGGGCGGCUGCGGGGCGGUCGCGGCAGCGUGGGCGCUGGCUGCCUGGCGCUCGACGCCCACCACUACGCCGCCGAGCUGCCUGUGCCGCGGCUGAACAUCAGCAGCCCCGGGGCGCUGGCCACGUUCUUCGAGCGCUAUCACAACCGGGGGCCUCUGGUCAUCGAGGGGGCGCUGCAGGAGUGGCCCGCGCUGCGCUGGACGGCGGAGUCCCUGUCCGAGAGGUGCCCGAGCGCCCGCCUCCCCGUGUUCGCCUACGACCUCGGCUCCGCCGACUGGGCCGCGCUGCGCGAUGCCGGGGAGAUGCCCCUCGGAGAGUACCUGGCGACACAGUUCGGGCGCGACGGAGACGGCGGGCGUCGAGGCGACGCCCUGUACGGCCUGGAGAUGAGCCUGCGGAACGAGUGCCCCGCGCUGCUGGAGGACCUCCGCAUCCCCGCCCUCUUCGCGGACGACAUGCUCGCGACGUACUACAAGAAGGGUGCUUGGCCCACGCUCAUCAUCGGGCCCGGAGGCUCGCAGAGCGGGCUGCACCGCGACACGCACGACCUGCCUUUCUGGAUGGCCAUGUUCCGGGGCCGGAAGCGCUGGCGCAUCUUCCUCCCCGACGACGAAGGCCUGCAACCGCUGUACAACGAGGCCAAGAACGGCUUCUCGUUCGAUCCAUUUGCCCCAGACUUCUGGAAGUAUCCUGGGCUUGGCAAGGUGAGCGUGUACGAUCACGUCCUCUUGCCUGGCGAGUUGCUCUACAUCCCCAGCGGAGCGCCUCACGCGGCCUACAAUCUGGAGGAUACAAUUGCCAUCAGCGGAAACUACUUGGACGGCCGCGGUCUCCAAAGACACACGGAAGGCACAUGCCAGCAGCCGCUAUGGAGGGAUUCCAAACUCUGUUGGUUCUACGACCAGGAGUUCCGCCGGCACCGGCCCCUCCCUCUGGAGGAAGUGAGGGAGCUCACGUUCUUCCAGUUUUAUGGGUUCAGCGGCCCCAGUGACUGGUGCAAGGCGUUCUCCACCGAGCUGCACGACAGGGCCGAAAAGAGGCCCGAGCUCCGGCGGAAUUUCCCGAUCCUGGACGCCUACUGCCCGGCGGAGGAGCGGCGCGGUGGCUCCUCAGCGGUGCCGUGAGGGGUUUUCACCAGCGGGCACCUUUGAAACCCUUUCUGAACCUUGUACCAUACGUUACCCUGUGCCCCCGAAGUUACCCCCCGG